AUGACCGGUUUCUCAGGCUGUUCGUCAACAGGGUCCCGUCUCUAAUUGGUCAAGGUCCGCGUCGUUUCCCCACCUCCAGCCUUGUGCGUGGGUGUCUUCGGAGAGCGGACAUGGCGGUCCUUGGAGUGCAGUUGGUGGUGACCCUGUUCACCGCCACCCUCAUGCACAGGCUGGCACCCCACUGCUCCUUUGCCCGCUGGCUGCUGUGUAAUGGCAGUCUGUUCCGAUACAUACACCCGUCGGAGGAGGAGCUGCGGGUGCUAGCUGGGAAACCGAGGUCCAGAAGCAGGAAGGAACGGUGGACAAAUGGCCUUCAUGAUGAGAAGCCUCUGUCAGUGCCUAGAGAUGCCCCUUUCCAGCUGGAGACCUGUCCCCUCACUGCUGUGGAUGCCCUAGUCCUGCGCUUCUUUUUGGAGUACCAGUGGUUCGUGGAUUUCGCUGUGUACUCUGUCGGCGUGUACCUCUUCACGGAGGCCUACUACUUUGUGCUGGGCCCGGUCCAGGAGGCCAACAUCGCUGUGUUCUGGUGCCUGCUCACACUGGCCUUCUCUCUGAAGGUGUUCCUCAUGGUGACCCGGCUGUACUUCAGUGCCAAGGAGGGUGGUGAGCGCUCAGUGUGUCUCACUUUUGCCUUCCUCUUCCUCCUCCUGGCCAUGCUCGUGCAGGUGGUACGGGAGGAGACCCUGGAGCUGGGUCUGGAGCCAGGUCUAGCCAGUGUGACCCAGAACCUGGAGCCUGUUCUGAAGAAGCAGGGUUGGGACUGGGCACUCCCUGUGAUCAAGCUGGCCCUCCGCCUUGGGCUUGCCGUGCUAGGCUCCUUGUUGGGUGCCUUCCUCAUUUUCCCAGGCCUGAGGCUUGCCCAGACCCACCAGGACGCACUGACCCUGUCUGCAGAUCGGCCGCUGCUGCAGCUGCUCCUGCAUACCAGCUUCCUGUCGCCCCUGUGCACCCUGUGGCUCUGGACAAAGCCUGUCGCCCGUGACUUCCUAUACCAGACACUCAGGAGAAGCGUGACCUCUUAUCUGCCAUCAGAAGGGGCUUUCGACUCCCUGCGCCUCUGGGUGCUGGUGGCGCUGUGCCUGCUUCGGCUAGCCGUGACCCGGCCACACCUGCAGGCCUACCUGUGCCUAGCCAAGUCUCGCGUGGAGCAGCUGCGCAAGGAGGCUGGCCGCAUUGAGGCCCGUGAGAUUCAGCAGCGGGUGGUUCGGGUUUACUGCUAUGUGACUGUGGUGAGCCUGCAGUACCUGACGCCACUCAUCCUCACUUUGCACUGCACGCUGCUGCUCAAGACCCUGGGCGGUUACUCUUGGUCCCUGGGCCCUGCUCCAACCUCACUGGCCCCAGCUCAGCCCUCAGACACCUUGAUCUCUGUGGACCCUGCAGAGGAUGAAGCCCAGCAGACGGCAGCCCAGGUCGCAGGGGCUCUGGGCAGCCUGCUUACACCCCUCUUCCUCCGUGGCGUGCUGGCCUACCUCAUCUGGUGGGCCGCUGCCUGCCAGCUGCUGUCCAGCCUCUUGGGUCUCUGUUUCCGGCAGCACCUGGUAGCUUCCUAGGUGGUGCCACUAGGCGCUGGCAUCUGAUCCCUGUUCACCAGGACUAGAACUGUCUCCUAUGUGUGUACCUUAGUGCCCCUAGAUGACCUAGGGGUAAGGGUGGGGACUCCCCACCAUCUCUGUCACCUCCGUGCCUAGAUCAUGAAGCCCUUGAGUCAGGUUCCCCUGGACCUGGAGGCCAUGGUCCUCGUGUGUGUGUGUGUGUGUGUGUGUGUGUGUGUGUGUGUGUGUGUUGUAGGUAGGUAGGAUUUCAGUGGGAGGCUCCUCUCAAUAAAAGGGGUGGGCCACUUCACAGAAAUGUCCCAGAGGCUGAGGACAUUAGCAGGAGCCCUGGGUGGUGAGAAGGAUUUAGAAGAGAGUGGUACUAGGCGGGUUCAGGCCCAGCAUUUUUUUUUUUUUUUUUUAAUUUGGAGACA